AUGGAUAAACAUAAUGAAUCUUCAAUUGUUAUUGAUGAAAAAGAUCCAAUUAUACCUUUUAUUCCUUUGAUAGGUGCGGUGACAACAAUUAUUAAUGAAAUAAUUAGUGCUUUAUAUGAUAGAACAAAAUUAGCAGAAUAUGCCGUUGAUACUUUGCAACGACGCAAAAAAUUUUAUGAAAGUAAUUUUAAACGUCAAGAUUGGUACGACGCAUUUAAUCGUUUCGUGGACGUUUUAAAGGAUAUUAAAAACUUUGCCAAAGAAAUAUCUACAAUUCGUGGUUAUCAAAAGUAUCUUAAAAGUUAUUCUUUUAAAGAUAAAUUCGAAGAACUUUCAGUAAAAUAUGACACUGUUAUGAAAGAUUUGAAUUUUAUUUUAACUUUCUCAAACGAAGAACAGAGACGAUAUGAUAAUGAAUGUUUAAUGGAUGAUGUUGCUGAAAUGAAAGAAUUUCUUCAAAACAUUGAUGAUGGUUUCAUAAAUACCAAUCAGAUGAUGAAGCUUAGAAAAAAAAGUUAUAAAACUUCUAUAAAUGUUGCCUGUAUACCUUUUGAAUUAAAUGAAAUGGAUCAAGAAGACCGAAAGAACAAACAGCUUGUCAUUUUAUCUAAAUUGUCUGAAUGUACGAAUAUACUUAAAUUUUAUGGAUUGGCGAAUUUAGAUGGUUUAAAUCAUUUAGUAGUGGAAUGGGCACAAUAUGGGACUUUGAGAGAGACUUACGAAGCGUAUGAUAUUCCUUGGACUAGAAAAUUACAUAUUGCAACUGAUAUAUAUGUGUAUAAGAGACAGUUCUUACACUCUGCAGAAAUUUAUCAUCAUGAUUUACAAUGCGAGAAUGUUAUGUUGACGGAUCAUUUAGCACCGAAACUUGCAAACUUUGAAUAUACACGCAGAGCAUCUAUUAUCAACAUGACGAGAAGAUUUCAUUGGUUAGCUCCUGAAAAAAUGACCGAUAAAAACCCUCGGUAUACUGCUAAAUGUGAAAUUUUUAGCUUUGGAAUGCUACUUUGGGAGUUAACGUUUGGAAAAGUUCCAUAUCAAGGAUGGGACAUGGAUAAAUUAAGUGCACAUGUUCUUCAAGGCAAGAGAGAAAAAAUUAAAUUUGGACUCGCCGCUAAUAAACGAGAUUCAGAUAUUCAAAAGUGUUUAGAAUAUGUUAUAAGAGAAGCGUGGAAACAAAAGCCUCAAGAUAGAAUUUCGCUUCUAAACCUAUUUAACACACUUGAACGAUUACAAACCAAAUAUAAAAAUGUGGUGGAACAAGAGUUAGGUUUACUUCCACAAAAGACUUUGGACUUAGAUGGUACAGGUACUCCUAUAUUUAGCGAUGCAGAUGCUGAAGGGGAAGGAAUGGAACUACCUGAAUGCGAAAAUUUCACGCUUGAUUUUGAAAUAGAUACAAUGAUAACACUUGAAGAAGGUAUAAAAGCACAUAAAAACCGUGAUUAUGAAAAAGCUUGGAAAUGCUUUGAAUAUCAUGCAUUAAAUGGAAGCGCAUACGCGAAACAUUGGAUGGGUUAUUAUUUAUGGGAAGGGAGAUCUGUUGAAAAAAAUCAGGAAGAGGCUGCUAGAUUAUUUAAAGAAGCAGCUGAUAAAGGUAUUCAUGACGCACAACUUCGUUAUGCAUUCACACUUCAAGAGAGCUUAGGUAAGAAAAAGGAACGUGAAGAAUUUAUUAAAUAUUUAACGUUGGCAGCUGACGGUGGAAAUAGUACCGCUCAAUUUAAUUUGGGGGACGCUUAUAUAAAAGGAAAAUUAAACAUACCAAAAGAUGAGAAAAAAGGACUUUACUAUUUAAGAUUAUCCGUUUUGCAAGAUCAUCCAAAUGCGGUUAAAUUGUUAGAAAAAAUGAAAAUAGAUUUUACUGAAGAACAAACCCAUUAAUAAAAAUAUUGAUUAGUAAAUUA